GUUUCGUAAGCGCCAUCCUUCAGCACCAUCCCAAUGGAAGGCAGCAAUUCAAUGCGUCAGCACCUUAUAAAUCUCUCCACUAUAAACGGCCUACACACAAUUACCAAUUAUGCCAUGGCAGAAGACUUCUCUGCCGCCGAUUCCCAUCACUCCAUCACUCCAGCUCGUAGCAUAGUGAAAGAUGGCCGACACACUCCACGCCCUCUCAGUCGCCAUAGUCGGCGGCGGAGUAGGCGGUCUCACCGCAGCAAUAACCCUCCGUCAACAAGGCCAUAACAUCACCGUCAUCGAGCAGAAGCAGCAGUACCUCGAUUCCAAUGGCGGCGGAGGGCUGAGCAUAUCGUUCAAUGCCAUCCGCUGUCUACUUCGGCUGGGCAUCGAUGAGGAGUUGAAGCAGAUCGCUGAUGAAGCCACGGAAUGGCUUGUCCAGAGACACUCGGAUGGGGUCGAAAAGUCGAGGACAAAGGUGGAGAAGUGGAGGAUCUUCGUGCACCGGACCGAUUUACUGCGUGUACUGCACCGACGGGCGGCCCAACUGGGCGUACAAUUUAUGUUCGGCCAGUCUUUCCAGUCGCUGCAGGAAGUUGAGCACGGUGUCAAAGUUCAAAUCAGCAACGGCGAGAUCGUCGACGCCGAUGUGCUUCUCGGAGCUGAUGGCAUCAACUCCAAAGUCCGGCCGGCCAUCCCCGGCAAUCGAGACAUUCCCCCCGAGCUGACCGGGCACCGCACAUUCCUGGUCGACGUGCCCAAGCAGAAGAUGGACCAGCAUCCCGACACCGCCGAACUCUACAGCCUGCCCGCUUUUCAGAGCUGGAUUGGGGGACAAAGGGCAAUCAUCGGAUGGACGAUGCGCGGCCGGGAAUCGUAUCACUUCCAGAUGAACGACCAUAGGGUCGGAAAUGGUGAAUACCGCGGGACCAACGACGGCUCGACGGAGCGCUUUGUGUCGCGCGUUGCCGACAUGCCUGCUUUCCGUGAGAGCUGGAAAGACUACGAGCCGACGGUACGGCAGAUGCUGGACGCUGUCGAGUCUUGCACCGAAUGGAAGAUUGCCGAGCUGCCCGAGCAUGUGGCAUGGAGCGAUGCGAGCGGGAGGGUGAUUUUGAUUGGCGAUGCAGCGCAUGCGUUCGCGCCGUUCGCGGGACAAGGAGCUUGCAUGGCCCUCGAAGACGCCACCGUGCUCUCGGCGAUGAUUUCCCGGAUGAAGCCUCCCUACGACUGGCCAGCAGUGGCACAAGCGUACGCGCGCAUGCGGCAGCCGCGCAUUCACCUCAUCCGGGAGAAUAUCCGCGCCAUUAUUGCCAUAUGCUGCCAGCCGGCAGACGACGUACCUGGUCCCGGAUCGGCCCCUACCAUGCCGCAUCUGUUGAAGGAUGAAUUUGAGGUGGUUCAGAAUUAUGAUGCGUUUGAAGAGGCUCUGAAGGUCUGGGAUACAUUGAGAUUGAAUGGGGAGAGGAAUUAGAUAGUAGUCGAGUGGGAGAAGAAGCUUCAUUUCUGUCAUCAUCAUCAUCAUCAUCAUCAUCAUCAUCAU